AUGUAUGCCGCUACGAAGGAAACCCUCGCUCGCGUGCAGCGCAUGAUUCCACCGAUGCUGGAUCACUUCCACAAGGGACAGCUCGGCCGUGUCGGCGUCCUGGGAGGCAGCGAAGACUAUACUGGCGCGCCGUAUUUCUCGGCCCAUGGCCAGCGCUCGCUUAGGAUGCGAUAUGGUGCCUUUCUCUUUCUUGCCUACCGGCUCUAUAUCUCGAUCACCUGUCGGCUAACCCUUCGGCAGUCUCACGUCAUUUGCACACCGGCCGCCGCCGCUGUCAUCAAGACCUACUCGCCCAACCUCAUGGUUCAUCCAUUGAUGCGCCAGUCGCCCACCGCAACCGCAGACACGCGCUCCUCGACUGACACCAGCAAGAAGAACGCCGAGACGGACCCAGAACGGAUUGCUUCAAGCGUGGCCGACAUGUUGCCUCGACUUCACGUGCUCGUCAUCGGACCAGGCCUCGGCCGCGAUCCGCUGAUGCAGGCAACAGUGGCACGAGUUGUGCGUGCCGCGCGCGAGCGGGACAUUCCCAUCAUCCUGGAUGCUGACGCGCUUCUGGUCGUGCAAAAGGAUCCUAGCCUCGUGCGUGGUUAUGCGAAGGCAGUGUUGACGCCCAACGUAGUCGAGUUCUCACGGCUGUGUAAAGCACUAGGUGUCGAUGAGGAUAAAGUCACGUCUGAAGGCGGCGAGACUGGCAAGGUGGAGGCUCUGGCCAGGGAACUUGAUGGCGUGACCAUUAUUCAGAAGGGGGCCAAUGAUUAUAUCUCAAACGGCAAGACAACGCUUGUUGUUGAUCUCCAAGGUGGCAAAAAGCGCAGUGGCGGACAAGGCGAUACACUAACGGGGGCUAUCGCUACGUUCCUGGGGUGGAGGCACGCAUAUCUUGAAGGCCUCUGGGAUCGAGGCGAUGCUACACUAGCUGAGGACGAGCUGAUCGGACUUGCAGCAUUUGGAGGAAGUGCAAUCACCAGAGAAUGCUCGCGACGAGCCUUUGCAAAGAAGGGACGGAGCCUACAGGCGAGCGAUCUUACCGACGAAGUCCACAACGCUUUUAUGUACUUGUUUGGUGACGUCGAUGGUGACGCGGAGACCUCCAAGCUAUGA